UUCAUUUCUUGACAGCCUCUCUGCUCUCAUCUUCCCCUGCGAAACUCAAGUUCAGAGAGUAAAAAUGGCGGAUUCAUUGGUCUUACGCGGUACAAUGAGAGCCCAUACGGAUUGGGUCACCGCCAUCGCCACCCCAAUCGACAACUCCGAUAUGAUUGUCACCUCUUCCCGUGACAAAUCGAUCAUUGUUUGGCGUCUGACCAAGGAAGACAAGACCUACGGUGUUGCCCAACGCCGUCUCACUGGCCAUUCUCACUUUGUCCAGGACGUUGUUCUCUCCUCUGACGGCCAGUUCGCUUUAUCUGGUUCAUGGGACGGCGAGCUCCGUCUCUGGGAUCUCAACGCCGGAACCACGGCACGACGCUUCGUUGGUCAUACCAAGGACGUCCUCUCUGUCGCAUUCUCAAUCGACAAUCGUCAGAUAGUGUCUGCUUCACGGGACAAAUCUAUCAAACUCUGGAACACUCUCGGUGAGUGCAAAUACACAAUCCAAGACGGCGAUGCACACAACGAUUGGGUUAGCUGUGUUCGUUUCAGCCCUAACACAUUGCAACCAACGAUUGUCUCGUCUUCUUGGGAUAAGACGGUGAAGAUCUGGAACCUGACUAAUUGUAAGCUGAGGUCAACUUUGGCUGGACAUGCCGGAUAUGUUAACACCGUUGCGGUGUCUCCUGAUGGUUCAUUGUGUGCUAGUGGUGGCAAAGAUGGGUUGAUAUUGCUGUGGGAUUUGGCCGAGGGUAAGAGAUUGUACUCUCUUGAGUCGUCUUCGAUCAUUCAUGCCCUCUGUUUCAGCCCGAAUAGGUACUGGUUGUGUGCGGCCACAGAGAGUAGCAUUAAGAUCUGGGAUUUGGAGAGCAAGAGCAUUGUUGUGGAUCUUAAGGUUGAUCUCAAACAAGAGUCUGAAAUGGCAGCCGAAGGCACAGCUACUCAAACUAAUGCUGGAAAAACCAAGGUUAUUUACUGCACGAGCUUGAGUUGGAGUGCCGAUGGAAGCACUUUGUUUAGUGGGUACACGGAUGGAGUCGUUAGAGUUUGGGGGAUCGGUCGCUACUAGAAAGAAACAAAAGAGAGUAAGGAUGUGUUUACUUACAAAUACCAGCUUGCUUUCUUUCUUUCUUUAAGCUGUGUAGCGGUUGUUUCAGUUUUUUGGAAUAUUAUUGGAUGCUAUUUUGGAUUCAAGGUUUCACUUUCAGUUUGUUGGAGACCAACCCAUCUUAUUAUUGCUUUCAACAUAAAAUGUGUUGCUUAUUGCUCUGCC